AUGGCYCACGAAGUCAAUCUGGAUUCCCUCAAGGAGUUAGAACUCGAGGUCAUUCUCCAGGUCCUGCACCGUGACCAGGCUGUUCAAAGCCUAGAGGAAGAAAGGAUAAGGAAACUGAAAACACACCUGCAGCAUCUCCGGUGGAAAGGAGCCAGGAACUCUAGCCAUGAGUACAAGGAGAAGUGCUGUGCACGCUGCCAGCGGGCCUUGGGGCUGCUGCUGAACCGGGGGACCGUGUGCCUGGGCUGCAGCCACCGUGUGUGCUCUGAGUGCCGUGUGUUCCUGGGGAGGAGCUCYACCUGGAAGUGCACGGUGUGCUUCGAGGAAAGAAAUGUGAAAGCAAAAACUGGGGAAUGGUUCUUUGAGGAACGAGCCAAAAAAUUUCCAACUGCAGGCAAACGGGAGACAGCUGGGGCCAAGCUCCUGCAAUCUUAUCAGAGGCUGAGCAAAAUUUCUGUGGUGCCUCCUACUCCUCCUCCUCUCAGUGAAAACCAGUGCAGCGGCAGCCCUGGCAGGUUACAGGAACUUGGUCAGUUCAGAGGAUUUAAUAAGUCCGUGGAGAAUUUGUUUCUGUCUGUUACCACCCACGUGAAAAAGCUCUCCAAGUCCCAGAAUGACAUGACGUCUGAGAAGCAUCUUCUAGCCACCAGCCCCAGGCAGUGUGCAGGCCAGACGCAGAGACGGAGCCAGUCAGACACUGCGGUCAACGUCACCACCAGGGUCAGCACACCAGAUAUUUCCAAGCCUCUUCCUCAAGAGGAUCCCAGACCCUCUGCCAGCCUUGGUUUGAAGCAAGAUGCUCUUUCACUGGGCCCCUCCCCCAGCCCUUUGUUCUCGGGAGGCUUGAGACGUGGAAGUUUAAUUAGCAUUAACAGCACUUGCACAGAGAUGGGUAAUUUUGACAACRCUAAUGUCACUGGAGAAAUAGAAUUUGCCAUUCGUUAUUGCUUCAAAACCCAUUCUUUAGAAAUAUGCAUCAAAACCUGUAAGAACCUUGCUUAUGGAGAAGAAAAGAAGAAAAAGUGUAACCCGUACAUAAAGACCUACCUGCUGCCUGACCGAUCGUCUCAGGGAAAACGCAAGACUGCAGUCCAAAAGAACACACUGGACCCUACCUUUCAGGAGACCCUGAAGUAUCAGGUGGACGCUGCCCAGCUGGUGACCCGGCAGCUGCAAGUCUCUGUGUGGCACCUGGGCACGCUCGCUAGGAGGGUGUUCCUUGGAGAAGUGACUGUUCCUCUGGCCACAUGGGACUUUGAAGACAGAGCAACACAGUCCUUCCGCUGGUAUCCGCUCCGGGCCAAGAACGAGAAAUAUGAAGACAGCAUUCCUCAGAAUAAUGGAGAACUUGCUGUUCGGGCCAAACUGGUUCUCCCUGUAGGGCCCAGAAAGUCCCAGGAAGCUCUAGAAGGGACAGAUCAGCCAUCACUUAAUGGUCAACUCUGUUUGGUAGUGCUGGGCGCCAAGAACUUACCUGUGCGAUCGGAUGGUACCUUAAACUCAUUUGUUAAAGGCUGUCUCACUCUGCCAGACCAACAAAAGCUGCGACUGAGGUCCCCGGUGCUGAAGAAGCAAGCUCACCCCCAGUGGAAACACUCCUUCGUGUUCAAUGGCGUCAGCAGGUCUCAGCUGAGGCAGUCGAUUCUGGAACUGACUGUCUGGGACCAGGCCAUCUUUGGAAUGAGCGACCGCUUGCUGGGGGGAGCCAGACUUGGCUCAAAGGAGGAUACAGCUGGUGCAGACUCAUGUGCACAAUCAAGGCUGCAAUGGCAGAAGGUUCUCUCCAGCCCCAACUUAUGGACGGACAUGACGCUCAUCCUGCACUGAAGUGAAGGCCUCGGAGCUCCAGGCUAUGCUGGAUGUGCCGAAGCCUGGAGCCUGCAGAAGCCACGGGCUGGCCGUGGAUGGACGGGCCCUCUGGACUGUGCAGCCUCCCCUGGUUGUUCUGUUAUGUCCCUCACUGUCUUGUGUACUUAACAGAGCAGUUAUCCAUGUUACCUAAGUCUCAGAUGGG